AUGAAGAAUCGCUGGUUUAAAGUCGCCUUGACCAUUAUUUUCCAACAUCUCACAUGGACGUUUGGACAGCCACCACAACCUGUGCCUCCCGGUUCACCACCUCAAUCUGUCUUUAUUGAUCCUAAAUCGUUCGCAGUCUUGGGACCAAAUGGUCCAUUCAGAAAUUCGUCCUUUACACAGUUCUUCAAUCCCACCUCAGGGAAACCCCCCUUUAUCCAGAUCUUUGAUGAGGCGUUCCUCGACAUUUUGGGACCUAAUCCUUCCAUUCAUGAAGUCGCUUCAAAUCCUGAUUUCGCCUUUGCACAUGAAGCGCCCGUUUAUGUGCCAGACACAGACGAGGUUUUCUUCGCGAGCAAUGAUGGUGGUGCCCUCGGAAAUAGCGACAUAAACCACAACAACAAAGUGGGGAAAAUCAGUAUGCAGGCUGUCGAAAAGGCUUUGCAAGGCCUGAAGCCUGGGAGUGGUGCAGCCGUAAACGUUUCGGUUACUGAGCUUGACCUUCCGGACACAAUUCAGAUGACGAACGGUGGAACGGGCCCCCUAGGAUCUUCUAUUGUCUUAAUCACAUCCGGACGCGGCCCGUUGCCACCGUCCAUUGCACUCGUCAACCCCAAAGCGCCCCACAACGUAACCGUACUGUUGGACAACUUCUUUGGGAGGCAAUUUAACUCUUUGAACGACAUAAAGAUCCAUCCAGUCACAGGAGACCUCUUCUUUACUGAUCCUACAUAUGGGUUUCUCAAUCAUUUCCGCCCAGAACCGUUGAUGCGCAAUCAAGUCUACCGACUUGACAUGGCCAAACGAUCAGUUCGCGUAGUAGCCACAGAUUUCGAUAAGUGCAAUGGUAUCGCGUUUACACCAGACGGGAAUACAGCCUACGUGACCGACACUGGUGCCAACUCCGGCUUUUUAGGAAAUAAUCAAACUGCCCCAGCCACGAUCUACGCUUUCGAUGUCGACCCCAAAUCACAGGCCUUCUUCAACAGGCGCAUAUUUGCUUACACCGAUACUGGCAUCCCUGACGGCGUGCAGGUCGACGCAGCGGGAAAUGUCUAUGCUGGCUGUGGAGAUGGCGUUCAAGUGUGGUCACCUGAAGGCACUUUACUGGGCAAGUUUUUCAUUGAAACGACGUCUGCGAACAUGAUCUUCGCAGGGGACGGUCGCUUGGUGAUUAUGGCUGAGACCAAGAUAUUCGUUGCGAAAAUUGCUGCCAAAGAAGGCAAAGUUUCUUUCCCUUAA